AUGACACAAUCAAAGGAUAUAUAUAUGGCUGAUAUGACCAAUGAUGAAAUUGAAUUAUUGAAAAGACUAGAAGAAGAGAAUAGACGUAUCGAAUAUGAUCUGAAAUCACCUACAAGUGCAAUACUUAAUCCGAUAACAAAUACACGUUCACCUGAAUUACAUCAUAACCAAGGACAACAACUAGAUUCAAUUUCUACUGAAAUCAAUAAUUUAACUAUUGAUAAAGAUGGUAAUUUGGAGAAUGAAUUGGUUGUAUGGAAUAGAAUAAUUAAUAAUUGGACGAUAACUAUGAAAAAAAAUCCGAUAUGGAUUAAAGAUAUUAUUCGAUUUGGUGUACCAGUUCAUUUUCGUCCAUUACUUUGGCAAUGUUUAACUAAAGUUGAAACAUCAAAUGCAAAAUAUAAAUAUGCUGAAUUUAUGAAAAUGACAUCACCAUGUGAAAAAGUUAUUCGAAGAGAUAUAUCACGAACAUAUCCACAACAUGAUUUUUUUAAACAAAAACAUGGUCUUGGUCAAGAAAGUUUAUUUAAUGUGAUGAAGGCUUAUUCAUUAUAUGAUCGUGAAGUUGGUUAUUGUCAAGGUAUUGGUUUUAUUGUUGGACUUUUACUUAUGCAUAUGCCAGAAGAAGAAGCAUUUGCAGUAUUAGUAUCUAUUAUGCAAGAUUAUACAAUGCGUGAUAUGUAUAAACCUGACAUGUUUUAUUUGGGUCUUUGUAUAUAUCAACUUGAAUGUAUGAUUCAAGAAAAUUUACCUGAUCUUUAUCGACAUUUUCAAGCAGAAAAUUUUCAUACGUCAACGUUUGCAUCGAGUUGGUUUCUAACAUUGUUUACAACACAACUACCAUUAAAUAUUGUUUGUCGUACAAUGGAUCUAUUUUUAAGUGAGGGUAUGGAAGUGAUCUUUCGUAUUGGUAUCGGUCUACUUGAAAUUCAUCAAGAUGAAUUAAUGCUUUUAUCGAUGGAAGAUAUGCUUAAGGUAACCUUUUGA